AUGGAUGGACUGAACUCGUCGGCCAUGUCCGCGCUUUUACUGGCGUUUCAGGAGAAUCUGCAGACCGCAAGCAGGUUUCAAGCCGGACUUUACACAGUCUUGAUAUAUGAUCAUCGUCCAUUUAACACCCUCCAUUGGCAAGUGCUAACGCUUAAUCAAGAGAUCGAAACCAUAUGGAAUCGACCAUGGACUUCCGCAACUGUCUUCUUUAUGAUCAACCGAUAUCUCACGCCCCUUGAGCUCAUCGUCGUCAUGGUAGGAUUCCCUGCCGAAUGGCCUCUGGAGACGUGCGUGUAUCAAGUAUCAUCGGAAGAUGCAAGAUUUGACUCGCUCAUAGGUGUAAACGCUUUGUGCGUCAUCAUGAUACUCCGCGUCUAUGCGCUUUAUGGAGGCAGUCGCAUCGCACUGGGGCUACUAUCACUCGUGUUUUGCUCGCAGAUAGCAGUACAGUCCUACGUCCUUGCGAAGAGCUUCGCGGUACAGGCCGUCAUCCCUGGUGCUCCGGGAUGCAUCCUUGUGGGGCAAACACAACUAUUCUCAGGACUAUGGAUUGCGCCUUUAGUGACCGAUAGUGUUAUCUUCAUCCUGACUUUAUGGUGGGCAAAAACGCACGUUAGUCGGGGUUCAAAGAUGCCUUUUAUGCAGCUUUUCCUUCGCGAUGGCAUUGUGUACUUCUUCGCAAUUUUCUCUGCGAACCUUCUUAACGUGGUUGUCUAUUUGAGUGUAUCCGAAGAAUCUUUGAAACCGUUCUUCGCCCCAUUCUCAGAAAUUAUGACAUCAAUCAUGAUUAAUCGGGUCGUCCUGAAUCUUCGUAAUUUCCAUGCCAGCGAUCCGCAGGCGUCCAGCACCAGCCAUCCCUCGGUUCCGCACGACCUCGGUAAAGCCCGUGAAAGCCGACGAAUCUCAUGGAGCGGCCGUGCUUAUCCAACAGGGCACGCGCGAACGAAUGAGCAGCUCAACGAUGGCAGGGAUCGAUAUCGGCCCCGUACUCCGGCAGGCUUCGCUGCUAUACAGAGGAAUACGGAGAUAUAUACCCGUCGUGACGAAGAAGAGGUCAUACCUAUGGUAGACUUCCGUAGACCUCGGGGUGGGGAACCGCGAGAGAUGCCGUAA